GUUUCUUCUCCUGCAUGACCUUUCUCAACACCAAAGUCAUUGAACUCCAUGUCUGUCAUUCCACAAGGAGAAGUCAUCCACACCUAUAAACUCAUAGACGAGAGAGAGAAGGAAAUGUUGGGUCACCUAAGGUUAUUGACUGGGUCAACUAGAAGAAAGAAGAAACGAACCGAACGAUCAACGCGUAGCAUGUCAUUUGAGGCGUUUUUUCCUUAGUUCGGGUUGAGCUGCACUUGACAUACGACGUCCUCAGUUGUUUAUUCCACAAGUUCAUCAUCGAAUCCCAAAGUUAAAUUUCAUCAUUUUCCUAGCAUCUCCCUUUAAAAUCAGACUGCAUACAGGUAAUUAUAGAUGAACAACUAAAUCUCUUCGUCUCGUUCACAAUCUAGGAUACAACAAAUUUGCAUAUCACGAAAGACAUUGUCAUUCCCUCAGCAGGAAUCCGCCUUAAUAGUCUACUUGAAAUUCAAAUUAUGCCGAAACCCUUUUUAACGACCUCAUCGAUCCUCGUGCUCCUGUUCUUCGCCAGUCAAAGGGGAAAUGUUGUCGUCAGCCAAUAUCUAAACAAACAUCUGUUUGUAGACGAGCGCAGCUUGAUUAAACAGGAUUCGGAAGCUCCCGCUGGUAUAAAUGCAGCUGAUGUAACGAAUGAGACUGAGGCAUCUAGUGUAGCCCCUCCAUUCGAUGUCGGAGGCAACCUUUUGUCUGCAAUCUCCAUCCUGUCUAGAGUCUUUAAUGUCUUGGAAGCCAUCGACCGAAGGAUCCUACCACAACCGAUGACUGCACUAAAUAUUUUAGACGGCGUGCGAAAGUUGGAAGAUCUCAUCCGCCCUAACUACGAAGGGCAAUACAAGAAAGCAGAAGACUCUAUAUCACGAGCCUUAUACGACAUGGGUCUUAUGAAGUCUGGUGCAGGAAGUCAAGGAACAGCAGAAGCCUCACAGUUCCAGGAAUUUUUGUGGCUUGAAAGGGCGCGACUCAUAGAUGGCAACAUUAUUCUGCUCAUGGAAGGCUUACUUGGUCGACAGGUUGCUGGCGCUGAUUUGAUGGAGAACAUUCAAGACGGUCUUAAAUGUGACGUCAUGGACGUCUUAGAAAAAGUGAAGCGAUAUAAUGAUCUUAUCGAAAGCGGCUCGAUGGCUUUCAAUCAUUUCGCGACGUUAGGAAAAAUGUCCGAACUGGAGGUGGCUCGAAGAAGAGCCGCGUUCGAGCAGCGUAACGUCAGAGUUCUAGCGCGAAGCGUGCAAGUCGGUGAAGAAUGUUUCCAGCGCCAGCUGAGCGAAGUACGUGAAGGAUCGACAACAGAACAAGCUGCUGAACAAGUGGCACAAGUCAUGUCUACUCUCUAUCCAUUGCCGACACGAUGGAUUGUCGCUGUCUACCAGGAUAAAAAGGAAAAGAAGCUCCCACGUGGCUCUGUCAAACCUCUCAAAUCAAAACUUUCUGCCGACUUUAACGUUAUUAUUAACGGCUUUCACGUAGCUUUGUUUCCUUUCCUCGACGGGAAGAUGCCACAGAUGAUCGACGGUCUUCGGAUCGACCACUUUUGCAACCGGCGCGUCAAAGCAGCCGGCCAAAUGCCAAUCUGCGAUCUUGGCAGCACUGACGGGGAAUUUAUCUACGAUGAGCUGAGACGGUUGGGCAUCGUUUCUGAUUCGCUCGAUUUGAUCGUCGUGCCUUCAGAAGGCCAGCUCAGUGCAAGGACUGUACCGCUCGGCAGUUUACCACCCUUUUUCGCUAAAAAAUACCCUGACUUCGAUAUAAUUGCGUUUUAAUUGAAUUAUUUUUUAAAUCAUGGAAAGAAAAGGAUUUUCUUAAAAAUUUAAAAUGCCUUUUUUUUAGAUGAUAAUUUAUUGAACUUGUACGGUGGCUUUUGGUUUUCAUACCACUUAAAAUUAUUGAAAUAGUUUUGCGAAUACAAUGCUUUAUGGCCAUUGAAAGGCAUAAAGCGACAAGAUGAUUUAAAACUUGUAAAACCAGAUCUUUUUC